AUGACUGACAGAAGAAGAAUCAAUGGGCCGCCCAGCGGCACGCGGCCUCCGGUCUUUGCUUCCUCUAUCAAGUCCACCUCCGUCACCACAUCAGAGCGACCCCAGCGUCAAAGACAGCCAAAUGAGCUGCGGAAGAUAUACCUCAAAACCGGGUUAAUCCCUUCAGCCUCGGGAUCUUCUUACCUAGAAUUCGAACCAUCAGCUUCUCUUUCUGCUGCGCGGGCAUCGCCUAAAUCCUUGAUUCCUCCAUCCUCAGCCUUGAAGCUCGCAUGUACCGUUCAUGGGCCCAAACCUCUCCCACGAUCUGCCACAUUCUCCCCCAACCUCGUCCUGACAACACACGUCAAGUAUGCGCCAUUUGCUGCCAGGAAGCGGAAAGGACAUAUCCGCGAUGCUAGCGAACGGGACCUAGGCGUGCAUUUAGAGACCGCUCUCAGGGGCGUGAUCGUUGCAGAGAGAUGGCCAAAGAGUGGACUCGACAUCACCAUUACCAUCCUGGAAGCAGAAGACGAUCGCUGGUGGGGAGACGCUCCCGACUCUCAUGAUGCGCCCUGGGGCAUGAUGAAUGUCCUAGCAGGAUGUAUUACUGCUGCAUCCGCAGCUAUCGUGGAUGCACGGAUUGACUGCCUGGAUCUUGUGGCAGGAGGAGUAGCAGCGGUGGUGUGCGAUGAAUCUGCUGAUGGAGAAGCGGCCGCCCCGAAACUGGUGCUGGAUACGGAUCCCGCGGAACAUCGGUCUAUUCUGUCUGCUUGUGUCGUUGCUUAUAUGCCUGCUCGCGAUGAAAUCACUGAGAUCUGGCUCAAAGGGGAUACUUCAAAAGCGUCUGUGGGGGGCGACGACAAAAACCUCGCGCAUGAGGCGCUGAUAGAUGGUGCCGUGGCUGCAGCUCGGGGAGCACAUACCGUUCUCGCUGAAGCUGUCAGAGAGUCCGCCGAGCGGUUUGCUGGCUUGUUAAUGGCUGAAAAUUCUGCAUAA